GUUGAAGGAAGAAUUCAGUUGCCUAGGGUUCCGCACCCAUCCAGCGAUGUGAGCGUGUGGUGGUACGGCAGAGAGAGGCUCAAACUGGUCGUCUUCGGCAGGGCCGUACGGCAGCGGGGCACAUAAUGGACAUGGUGAUGUUGAACAUCCAUCCAGUGUUGAUAUUGCCCCAGGAUGACCGUCGACAACGGUUAUACCUUCGAAGCUACCUCUCAAAGUCACACCUUAGUUUCCUGAUAAGGCAAUGGAGAGGCUUAACCCUUGUCAGACUUCGCUUAUGGUACCUUGCACUUCUUGGAGUCUUGGGUUGGGCAAGCUGGCCACCCCAAGUCGGACGCCUGUAUACUGCUGACUGUCAAACUUGAAGCUCUUUCUGUACCAAAAGCACAAUUUCAUGGCACUUAAGAGGUCUUUGUACACCAGAAGCGUCUCCCGCAGUGGUGUAGAUGCGAGUUCCCUACAUACACCCCUGUCAGCUCUCUUCGAUAUUGGCGUUACACGCAAAAGUUACGCACCUGCAUCAUGACAUCCAGAUGUGCACACCGAAUUAUCUCCAUCGUGGACCAAAAUGCACAGUCGAGGCUCUAAAUUUGGGCUAAAAUGUGGACUUCUUCAUCAGGCCCUGCUCAAAAGACAGACUUCUGGGGUGUCUGGGGACUUUGUAGGAUGGCUGGACCACAUUGUCUUGCUUUGCCGUCACUGCUUUCAAUGGGGCCAUCCGCAUUGGGUAAUAAGCUUCCCGGUGCAGCUAGGAGUCAGGAACUACUCGUUCCUUUGGAUGGGUAUAUAACAACGGGGCCCCUGGGAAUUUUGAAUGGCGAACAGGUCUUGAGAUCCUCACACACAAGGCGUCAAAAUCCACUCUAUAUUCAGCAACGCUCGAUACUUAACCUUCCUUCUAUUUGUUCAACAAGAUCGGGAGGCGUAUCUCAAGCCUUUUCCAUCGUUACAUAAAUGUCAAAAUCUUCUCAACGAUACCCUGUUACGAGCCAACAGCAUUGUGCAAUGGAGGACUUCAACCACUUGGUCGAUAUGCCGACUUCUGAAAGUUCUUUUCGGUACAUGUAUGCGGAAUCUGAUCGAUAUCUGGACGUACACUCUUCGGGAUCUCAAAGCUCAGUCAGCUCUCCAUACGAUGUGGCUUCCUUCAUGGACCCCAAUAUAUAUGCCGGCACCUACCAAGGACUGGAGUCGGAAGAUGAGUCCUCGCAGCAACCGACCCAGGAGCAGAAGCCUAAAAGAAAAAGAGAAAACCGAUAUAAGAAUGCACCCCCGUCUGUCCUUUCGCGUCGAAGAGCCCAAAACCGCGCUUCCCAGAGGGCUUAUCGCGAACGCAAGGACCAACGGAUAAAGGACCUCGAGCAGAUGCUCAAUGAGGCCAAACAACACAAUAAUGCCCUUGGCCAGGCUUACGCUGCGCUCCAAGCCGAAUAUGAGGCGCUCAAAGCCUCUCAAUUCAAGGACAUUGGUUAUUCAACCGCCAACAACCUGACUUACCAGCCUUCGCCGCUGCCGACAACGAGCACGGCACUGAGCAGCACUGGAUUUGAUCUGGACUUGUACGCGUACCAUGAGUUGAGCGCCAACGGAGGGUAUCAUAUGUUUGGGAAGACAGCCUAAGGGCGUAUAUUACACUCACAUAUCCACCCCACUUUGACAGCUUGUUGGGCAUUUUUCACAUGACCAUCGUAU